UGGGGGAGAGAUCGGAGGUGAUGGUGGACGACACGAGGGCGCGGAAGCCCUCGCCACCGGCGAGCAGGGCGUUCGGCGGGGGAGCGUGGCGGAGGGCAGCGAUGCGGACGUGGGUACUGCGGGUGGGGUCCAGCAUCCUCAUCUGGACGGCGGUCAUGCAGCUCACUUCGGUGUGGCAGCCGCGUCUCCCAAAGUCGUGGCCGCCCGCCUGCUUCGACCGCCGCGGUGGUGCCGUCGCCGGACAGGGAAACGACGACGCCAACACCAACGCCAACGCCAACGCCAAUCUCUCCGUCCUCGGCCGCGAGGACCACGCGCUCUCUGGGUCCCUCUCCUCGCCGCCCGCUCUCCUCCCGCGGAGAGUUUACAAAAGUAAUGGUUAUCUCAAAGUAUCAUGCAAUGGGGGCCUAAAUCAAAUGCGAGCAGCGAUUUGUGACAUGGUUACUAUAGCACGUUAUCUGAAUCUAACACUAGUAAUUCCUGAACUUGAUAAAACAUCUUUCUGGGCUGAUCCUAGUGAUUUUGGUGACAUAUUCAAUGUAAAUCACUUUAUUAAUUCUUUGAGAGAUGAAGUUAAGAUUGUAAAAUCACUCCCUAAAAAGUUCGGCAGAAAAAUCCACACUGAACCAUUCUCGAUGCCUCCAGUCAGCUGGUCUAGUGAGAAAUACUACUUGAAGCAGAUUUUACCUCUUAUAAGGAAGCACAAGGUAAUUCAUUUUAAUAGAACCGAUGCUCGUCUCGCAAAUAACGGACUUCCUUUACGUCUCCAAAGGCUUCGUUGUCGUGUUAACUAUGAGGCAUUAAGAUUUACACCGGAAAUUGAGGCCCUAGGUGAUAAGCUUAUUUCAAUUCUUCGGAGAAGUGGAUUUUUUGUCGUUCUACACCUGCGAUAUGAGAUGGAUAUGCUCUCUUUUUCUGGCUGCACACAUGGAUGUUCUGACAAAGAAACCGAAGAACUCACAAGGAUGAGAUAUGCAUAUCCAUGGUGGAAAGAGAAGGAAAUAGUAUCAGAAAAGAAAAGAUUGGAUGGUUUGUGCCCUCUUACUCCUGAAGAAACAGCAUUGGUACUACAAGCUCUCGGCUUCAAAAGGGACACUCUAAUAUACAUUGCCUCUGGUGGAAUCUAUGGUGGUGAAAGGAGACUGGCUGCGUUGAGGGCUUCGUAUCCCAAAAUUGUUAGGAAGGAGAUGCUUCUUAGCGCUGAUGAACUGAGGCCUUUCCAGAACCAUUCAACUCAGAUGGCAGCAUUGGACUAUCUAGUCUCUGUUGCAAGUGAUGUUUUUGUCCCCACUUAUGAUGGGAAUAUGGCUAAAGUUGUGGAAGGACAUCGCAGGUAUACAGGCUUUCGUAGGACAAUUGUGUUGGAUCGACGAGAACUCGUAGAGCUUUUGGAUCUUCUCCGGGAUGGAAAACUAUCGUGGGACCAGUUCUCGAUCGCAGUUAAGGAAGUGCACAAAAACAGGAUGGGUCAACCUACACUAAGGAAGGUUAUUCCCGGGCGCCCCAAAGACGAGGACUACUUCUAUGCUAAUCCUCAAGAAUGCACGGGUCCUCCAAGGAGUUCAAACAUUGAAUCAAGAAAAUCCGAUAUCUAAAGUUGCUGUUGCUGUCAAUUCCUGUUGCCUUCCCAGAUAUAUGAUUCCUUUACCUGGAGUACCAGCUAUCUGCAGCUCGAUGUAUAGCCGACUAAAUUGUUAAUUUGGUUAACCCUAAUUUUAUGAGCAAAGCCUAAGCCAAGGCUGCCACGGACCUUUGACUACUGGCAUCAUGCGAGGAUCGGAAAGCUUGCGGGCGCCUCCCCUGCCAUUCUUCUGGCUGUGAUUGCUUGAGGCGUAUCGCCGUUCUUGGAUUUUCGAUAUAUAUAUUUUUAGUGUCGUAGAUUGUGACUACAGCACCAUACACAACUGAAAUCAGAUAUCUUUACUGUCUUCUUUUUAGCAA